GUGCAAGUAUACAUGCACAUGGUGCAAGUGCCGUACCGAAGUUAUUCGUCACGUGCUUUACACAUGGCAUGAAGGCAAACAAACCCUACAUCCAUACAAUGUGUACAUUAGGGAAUCCCAUCAGCUGUAUACAAAGCUCAACCGUGGAGCUCAAUGGCUAGCUCUACUCACGACGAGCGACUAGACUACUGUCAGUCAGCUUAGCUAAUUCCGCAAGCACAUGCAUAGCAUGUAGAAGACUGUCAGUUGUUUGUUUGGCUGGCAUCGUUGCAUUCUUGGCAAACUUCUUGAGUCGGUACAACAGGAAAUCGGUUAUCUCAAAUCCAAACACUACAUGUACUUCUCAGUAUUGGUGUUUCAUGGAUUACCCAGCACUCAGAUAAGCUUGACUAAUUUGUCGCAGUAGGCAGGCCCAGGCCUACUCUUCUUGUCAUCUAACCAGCGACUGCCAAAACUAAGUUACAAACUCUUCAAAUAGGGAAAGGUUCAUCGGAAAGCUUUUUAAGAAGCACAAGCGAUCAUGACUGGCCGUCAAGUUCCACGGAUUUUCGCCAGUGCAUCUCGUCUGCGAUCCUUGCGGCACCCAGCCAGCACAAUGGCCGUGCCCCGGGAGCGCUCAGCCCCACAACAGAUGGAAGAGACACGCUCGGAUAGGAGCACCGUGCAGAUGCACCAACUCAACAAAGUCGUCGUGGACAUGCCGAGUGGAAACCCCAACGAACCCACCGACUCCACUGUGAAUUCAGUGGCUGAGUCAUGGGGGACUUGCCCCGCUGGGCUCGGUACAACCACUGACGCAGCGCCGGUGCCGGUGGAACACAUCAAGACACCAUCAGCGAACGGUGUGCACACGCACGUACAGUCCUUCGAUGAGAUUCCUGGGCCGAAAGGAUGGCCUUUUAUUGGGACACUUGGCACUUACUUGGUUGGAAAUGGACUCAGCCGCAUCUAUGAACACCAGAUCGCUUUCACCAAACAGUAUGGCCCCAUUUGGAAGGAGCGUCUGGGGUCACUGGAGUUUGUUAACCUCGCUGACCCCGAGUUGGUUUCCAUGAUGUAUCGCCAUGACAACAAGUACCCAAUGAGAGUCGAUAUGAAACCAUGGAAGGCUUACAGAAUGCAUCGCAAUGAGUCGCUUGGUGUGCUCACACACGAAGGCAAGCAGUGGCAUCGAGCACGCCGCCUACUGAGCAAGAAGAUCCUGCCGCCCAAGACAGUCGGCGCCUACGUUGGAGUCAUUAAUGAGGUCAUGGAAGACAUGAUUCAGAGGUUACGCUACGUCAGGGACGUGACCAAUCAGGAUGGCCUGGUUCCUGAACUGACCAAUGAGAUGUACAAGUGGUCCAUGGAAUCAAUUUUCAAGAUCCUGUUUGAGACCAGGAUUGGCUGCCUAGACAAGCAGAUCCCAGCUGAGUCGCAACGAUUUAUCGACUCCAUCCAUCAGAUGUUCAUCUCUGGCCAGAUCCUCUUUGUCACAUCACCGGAGUUCUUCAGGAAGUACAACCUCAAACCAUGGAGGGACCAUGAAGCAGCGUGGGACUACAUCUUCAGUUUUGCCAGGAAGGCAGUGGACAACAGACUGGCUGAGAUAUCUGCCCAGUCUGAGAGUGAAGGCGAACUGGAAGCUGACGGAUUCCUGACCUACUUGCUGUCAAGCAAGCAACUCAGCAUGAAGGAGAUAUACAGCAAUGCCUGUGAAUUGCUCCUGGCUGGAGUUGACACUACCUCCAACACUCUGGCCUGGGUGUUGUAUGAGCUGUCCAGGCAUCCUGAGGUCGAAGAGCGGUUACACCAGGAGGUGUGCCAAGUCCUGGGCUCAGACAAGACAAGGAAGGCAAACACAGAGGACUUGGCUCAAAUGCCCUACCUCAAGAGCAUCAUCAAGGAAAUACUCAGAUUGUACCCCGUCGUUCCUGCCAAUAAUCGCAUUUUGGAGAAGGACAUCGUCAUUGGAGGUUAUCACAUCCCCAAAAAGACAAUCAUCGGUUCCCUGCAGUAUGUGAUUGGCAGGGACCCCAAGGUGUUUGAGGAGCCCAACUCCUUCAGACCCGAGCGUUGGUUGAGGGACAACUCGGGUCGCAUGCACUGCUCCAAUUCCAGCUUCGCCUCGGUGCCUUUCGGCUUCGGUCCCAGGAUGUGCAUCGGGCGGAGAAUUGCCGAACUGGAGCUGAACUUGGCCCUGGCUAAGAUCUCACAGACGUUCAAGUUGGAGUACCUUGGAGAGGGCACCGUUGCCCCUACAGUUCAGGGAUUGCUCGUCCCCGGGGGACCAGUCAAGGUCGGCUUCACAGACAGAUGAUGUGAUGGGCGGAAACCAACUGAUUAGAUUGAUCAAUGUCUAGGUCAAGUGAUUACUCACAAGUGGUAUAUUAAAUGUGUCUGGAUAAGUCCAGCCUUUAAAAUGGCAACAUUGGUGGAUUUUAGAUUUGAGAUACAAACAAGUAACUCCAGUCACAAAUAAUUAGAAAUAAAUUACAAAUAAACAGUAAACAAUUAACAGGGUAUGAACAAUGGUAAAGGAAGACCUUUGCUAAACAGCUUUUCACAUGUUGUUAGCCUGAAAGGCUUGUGAUUCACUUGUGAUGACUUCUGAUAACUUGCGCUGACUUCUGAUAACUUGCGCUGACUUCUGAUAACUUGCGCUGACUUCUGAUAACAUGUGAUGACUUGUGUUUCACUAAAGUUACACAAGUCUUCACAAGUUAUUUGGUAAGUAGCGUUUCACAUUUUGUAAGCCUAAACGUCUUGGUAUUCAUUUGUGACGACUUCUGAUAACUUGUGAUGACUUCUGAUAACUUGUGAUGACUUACGAUAACCUGAUAACAACUCUUGAUUUAGUUUGUUUCAACAUACUUUUCCUAGAAAAUAAAUAAAAGAAAUAGACAGUUUUCAGGGAAAAUACGUCAAAGAAAAGUUGUCUGAAUAAAGAAAGAAACUCUCCACAAAUUUCACAAGGUUUAUUUGCACAUUGUGUGUGCAUACAAUCGAGGAAUGCAAGACCCUCUUUGUUGGGUUUUCUUUUUAUCAAAGUCUCUUUUUUAUUCUUCCAACCAUAAAUUGUAAAUGUCGCACGUUUGAGGGAGGGUCAGAGGUGGACCAAGGGUACAGUACCUGCAGAGUGAAACUCAAAUGGAGCAUAAGGAACAUUUUUGCUGUUGCCUCCCAGACAUUGUAAUUGAUGGGUUUGGCUCCACAAGGGAGCUUUUAAAUGUAACUCUACCCACAUGUGUUGAAUGUUUAGUUGAUUGAGAACAGACUGACAUGUCAGUCCUGACUAUAAAGAUUUAUUUUUCUAGCCUUCCUCUUUUCCUGCAACAAAAUAGUAAGACUAAAUCUUAGGUACCUCAGUGUUCCCCCUCCCCCAAUUUCCAAGGGCUUACUCUAGGCCUUGAUUUGAGACGACAAACAAAUCAAGCGCGAAUAACUUGUGAUGGAAUUUGUAUCAAGGAGACAUGUUCAUGAUGGGAUUUGCUCUUUA